UGUACCUGGUGAAAAAGCCCUACGUACCACUGUAUCGAGCGCGUCGCCGAGACAUGUCCGACUAAUCUAUCUACUUUGUGUUAGAGCCUCGCGAUGCACAGGUGAUGAUGCUUUGACCGUCAUGGCGCAUUUUGAAUCUACCUUGCAGGGGGCUUACGGAACGGGGUCGGGCGGGCCAAGCCGACCAAGAUGCUUCGUUGUUUAUAAAAGUGUUGCGGUCUCGCAACCAGCCUGGCUUGUUGUUGUUGACCUUCAUGCUGAUGAAGGAGAGACAAGCAAAGAUAAAAACAACAGAACAUCAACAACAAGACCUACAGCUACGAGGAGUGAACCAUCCCGCGACGGCAAGCCUGUUGCGCAACAACAACAACAACAACAUUGUUGAACCCCUCAAGAUUAAAAGAAGAAUCAGAAAGGAAAGGAAAAGAGAAACAGGGCAGAUCAUCAGCCGCCGAGACUACAGACCACCCUCUGAACAAACAAACAAACAAACAAACAAACAAACACCAUGGAGAAGCUCCUCAGCCUGUCCCAUCGCCUGUCCCGCUCCGGCGACAAGCGGUCACGGCGAACAGGGACCGACCGCGGCGCCCGAUGCGCUUCCUUUGGACGGCCGCACGGCGCUGCGCUCGCGCCUCAACAAGCUCCAGCGCGCUGUCGUGGUGCUGCCACCGAGACGCCCCCUCCGGCUUACACGCCGACGGCAUCACCAUCAUCACCACAAACACCACCAGCAACGGCAUCGUCCUCACCACCUGCGUAUUCCGCCGCCGCCGACUACACGAUGGACGACAUGACGCAGGACGGAACCGCCACCAACGACGACCCGCACUACCUGCUCUACCUCUUCGACACCGUCUUCCUCAUCGACGACUCCACGUCGAUGCUCGGCCCGCGGUGGCGCGAGGUCAGGUCGGCGCUGCGCCAGAUCACGCCCGUGUGCACGAGCCACGACGACGACGGCAUCGACAUUCACUUUAUGAACCACCGCAGCAGCAGCAGCGGCGGCUUCUCCUCCUCCUUCGAAAACGCAUCGUCUCAGAGAGUCGGUGGCGGUGGUGGCAGCAGGGCGCCCGGCGGCUACUACAACGUGACGGACCCGUGCGCCGUCGACGCCCUCUUCCGCGGCCUGCGCCCCUGCGGGCCGACGCACACGCGCGGCCGCAUCGAGGACAUUCUCGACCCGUACUUUGCGCAGCUCGAGCGCGCCGACGACGUGCGCGACGUGCGGCCCCUCAACCUCAUUGUCAUUACCGACGGCAUGCCGGGCCCCUGGAGUCCCCCAUCAUCACUACCGCCGCGAUAUCACCAUCAUCAUCAUCAUUAUCAUGGUCACCAGCAGUAUCAGCAGCAGUAUCCGUAUCAGCAUCAGCAGGGCGAGGAAGAUGACGAAGAAGACAGCGUCAUGCACAACCCGCACCUCCCCGGCCCCGCCAUCGCCCGCUACGCCCGCCGCCUCGACGCCCUCGGCGCCCCCGCGUGGCAGGUGGGCGUGCAGUUCGUGCAGGUGGGCGACGACGCGGGCGCCACGGCGGCGCUGCGCGGGCUCGACGACGGGCUCGCGGCCCGGCACGGCGUGCGCGACAUGGUGGACACGCUCAAGUACGGCGACGACGACUACAAGACGCUCACGGCGGGGGAGAUCCUCAAGGUCGUGCUCGGCGCCGUGAACAAGCGGCUGGACAACGUGGCGAGCGGGAGCGACUGCGGGGGUCGGAGGUCGCCGCUUUCUUUCACUUCUUCUUCUGCUUCUCCUUCUUCUCCUGCUUCGACUAGAAGGCGGCGGGGGCUGUGAUUUACUUGAGAGACUUGGCGGGUUCCAACGUUUUUGUUUUGGGGGGGUCUUUUUGAUAUGGGGAGAGCGGGCACGAGUAUGAGUUCCAAGGGACUCGAAGCUCAGACAGUCGAUUUCGUUGACGCGGGUCAUGACAGCCCCUAGGUUUGGAUCUGUGUGGGCAGACAUACAUACAUAGAUGGGCGUCUUCACAGUCGACAUGGGGGGAAUCUCCUAACAGCUGCCAGAACAAAAAAACCGCUCCUCACAUGGAUGAGCACAAAAUGUACAAGUACUGAUCAAUAUUAUUCUGUCGACCUGGU